GCUGCUGUGCAGUCUCGCGCUGUUUGCAGCCAGAGGAGGAUGAAGAGAGUUGGGAGGAGAAGAAGAAAGUUCCCGCGCUUUGUGUCUCUCUGAUGGACUGUAACAAUAAAAGCAGCAGAAGAAGAAGCUCUCUGAUGGACUGUAACAAUAAAAGCAGCAGAAGAAGAAGUCGGAGGACUUCCUGUUGAAACUUUUCUCUCCGCAAACUCUGCGCGCGCUCCCGCCGCCUGCGGCUGCUCUCGGGCCGUACUGCGCAUGCUCUGUCCACAGCUGUUGUGUUUUUUCCUCUUCCGGGUACAAUGGAUCGGUUGUGUCACCGGGACCGGCGGUGACGUCAACGGGACCGGAGGGAGGGGGGGCUGCGGGAGCGCGCCUCAGCUGAGCGCAUGAACGUGAGUGUUUACAACCAUGACGUCAGACGGUUGUUGUAAAUGUGAGUCCGUAGUGUGUGUGUGUGUGUGUGUGUGAGGAUGAGCGGCGGUAAAAAAAGGAGUGGCUUCCAGAUCACCAGUGUGACCUCAGACUUCAAUCAAACUCCAGCCGCCCAAUCAGCUCCCAGCGUGGUCCUGAAUGUCCUCCAAUCAGCAGUCUCCUCCUCCACCCUGCAGGGAAGCUCCUCCCAGCCGACCACACCCUCUCUGAAAAGGAAAUACAUCUCCCAUGAUGCUUCGGGGCAGGGUGGCUGUUCCUCCAGGUUCAGGGUGGUUCGGUUGGUAGUGGGAGGGGUUGGUGGCGGUGGGCGGGGUGAGCCGUAUCGGCGUGGUCGAUGGACGUGCAUGGACUUUAUGGAGCGUCAGGAAGGGGUGGGGUUCAGGCGGGUGAUGGACACAAUGAGACACGCCCAUUCGCUCGAAUCCCUGGAGAUGAUUGGCUGUGACAUAGACAGAGGCGGAGUCCACUCCCAGGACACCGCCCACCUGUUGGCUCACCCACUUAGAGGCAGGGAGGGGGCGGGUCUUGUACUGCGCAGUGGGCCGCCCUCACCAACACACCAAGAGCCAAUCAACAUCCGGCUCCUGGACUGCAAGGAGCCAAUAGGAGUACAUGGAUUUGACUCCAAACCUCCACCUCCUUCGCCCCGCCCACGAAAUGUCCCUCCUCCUCUACGAUUAGACGUUGAUGCUGCAGGACGGUCUGUCCUCAGGCUGUCUCACUCUCAGCCCAGCUCCCCCCCCGCUGGACCGUACCAUCCCAUUUUGACCCCCAUCCAGACUCCUGCUGCCUUCAGUCUGGACCAAACCAUCUUCAACCUGCCGGGGGAGGCCAGUAGUUCCAGUAACAGUCUGAUCGCCAUCGACAACAAAAUCGAGCAGGCCAUGGACCUGGUAAAGAGUCACCUGAUGCUAGCGGUCAGAGAGGAGGUGGAGCUUCUGAAGGAACAAAUCAGGGAGCUGCAAGAGAGGAACCAACAGCUGGAGAGAGAGAACCACAUCCUGAGAACACUCACACAUAAUAUACACACUGCAUAAUACACACAAUAUACACAAUAUACACACUACAUAACACACAAUGACAGACCUGGACUGAGCACACUCUCCUCACCUGAGAGUCGUCGUGGUAACAAGUUGAAUAGGCUGAUAAUCAGACUAAUAAGAACCCUGGUAACCAUGACAAUGGGACUGUUUGAAUACUGGUGUUAUUGUAUUAUGAAGAUGAUGACGAAAAGUAGAUUCUAAUAAAUUAAUGAUGGCUAACUACACAA